AAAAGAUUUUGUAUUUGCGUAAAUUUGUAAAACUGUAUUGAUUAUUUUUGCGGCUGUAGUGCAGUUAGAAAAACGUAAAUAAUGUCAGAAGCAUCACCAAGGCGACCUGUAAGUGAAGGAAAAGGUGUUAAAACCUCAGAAAUCUCGAAACCAUUUAUUCCGAGUGAGUUAGCACGUCCGUCUAACCUACAAAAAAUACAGCAACGAAAACUUCAAGUAAAAAAUUACCCACGUAUUAAGAAGUUGGAAAAAAUCGGAGUCUAUUCAUCUUGCAAGGAUGAUAAUUGCAAAUGUAAUGGUUGGAAAAAUGCACAAUCAACGUCAAAUUCUGGUGAGAACCAAACAAGUAGCCAACAAUUAACGACCACUGUAACACUACAAGACCCAUGUCGUGCAUGUAAUCAUCCACUUUCUACACAUGUUAAGCAUUUAGAUGCAGCUAAGGAUGAUGAAAUCAACAGAUUGCUUAGCAUGAUUGUUGAUGUUGAAAAUCUUGUUGUUUGUGUUCAAAAAGAAGAAGAUACCGAUACAAAACAAGUUUAUUUUUAUUUAUAUCGGCUUCUACGAAAAUGUACUCUGCAAACUAGCCGACCAGUAAUUGAAGGUCCACUUGGUUCACCUCCAUUCAGCCAACCUAGUAUUGGGAAAGCUGUUACCAACUUUAUUAUUUACAAGUUUGGCCAUUUGCCACAAAAGGAGUUUCAGAUCAUGCAUGAGUUAGCAAAGACAUUUAUUUACUGUUUGAAUCAAGAAACCCUUGAAACUCCAUCAACAAGAACCUCACGUGGCCAAGCUGAUGAUUUUAAUGAAUAUAAGAUGAAUUAUACGAGAUGGCUAUGUUACUGUCGUGUACCAAAGUUUUGUGAAAGUCUCGUCCACCAUGCUACAGUUGAUGUAUUUGGUCGUCCUCUUCUUAAAUCCAUCUUCCCCCUCCUCCGACGACGAAUUCUUGAUGAUUUCCGAUCCGACAAGUUCCAUGUACCUCCAGAUAAAAGAACUUUGAUUUUGUCACACUUUCCUAAAUUCCUAUCUAUGCUUGAAGAAGAAUUGAACGCAAGUAAUUCACCAAUAUGGGAUGUUGACUUUUCACAGAUGCCCGCUCAUAUGCCACUACCUUCACCUAGAUCUAAUGAUUCAUUAAAUGAUAUGUUUAUUACAAGUCCCGGCACACCUGGUAGUUUUCCAAGUUUGUUUUCCAUGACAUCACCAAUGGGAAGUCUUCAAACACCAAUUGCUGUUACACCAAGUGGGAAGCGUCGAGCUGACAGUGGUACUCAGUCCUCCGAUGACGCCAAGCGUGCUCGCUCAUCCAUGCAAUCUGACAACGAUAACACACAACAAGAUUUUUCACUGGAAGUUAUUAAUGAGGUGGUCAAUAUGAUAACUGAUCCUGCUCAAAUGUUGGGUCCUGAGGCGGCUAACCUGUCAUCACAAUCAGCUAGAGAUGAAGCUGCACGACAGGAAGAAAGGCAAGGUCUCAUUGAGUUUCAUGUCGUAGCUAACUGUGCCAAUGCCUCCCGUCAAAUCCUCACAUGGCUGGUUGAGAUACAGAAUGUAUUCGCACGUCAGCUGCCAAGGAUGCCACGAGAUUACAUUGCUCGUUUGGUGUUUGAUACAAGGCAUAGGACUUUAGCUUUAGUGAAAGAGGGUCGCGUUAUUGGUGGAAUUUGUUUUCGAAUGUUCCCAUCGCAAAGGUUCACGGAGAUUGUAUUCUGUGCUGUGACAUCCAAUGAACAGGUUAAAGGGUAUGGAACGCAUCUUAUGAACCAUUUAAAGGAAUAUCACAUUAAACAGAGUAUGUACCACUUCCUCACCUAUGCUGAUGAAUACGCUAUCGGUUACUUUAAGAAGCAGGGUUUCAGCAAAGAGAUAAAAGUCCCACGAUCUGGAUAUGUGGGGUACAUUAAAGAUUACGAAGGUGCCACUCUAAUGGGAUGUGAAUUAAACCCAAGGAUUCCUUACACUGAGUUUAGUAAUAUAAUAAGAAAGCAAAAAGAAAUUGUAAAGAAACUGAUUGAGAAAAAGCAGCAACAGAUCAGCCAAGUUAUGCCCGGUCUAACUUGCUUUAAAGAUGGGGUUCGUCAGAUACCUAUAGAAAGCAUACCUGGCAUAAUGAACACUGGAUGGAAACCAAAUAGCGACGGCAAACGAAAAGAAAUCGUGGAAUCUGUUGAAAGUUUGUUUGCACCUCUGAAAGCUAUAGUGCAAAGCAUGAGG